AUGACACAUGCCGCCUACAAAAGUUUGGGAAGAACCACAACAAAACUGCGCCGAGUCCCGAUUCCAUUAUCAGGAAUCGGAGGAUCCUCUAUCAACCCACUUGGCGCUGUGACUCCAGAGGUUGUAAUCGGUUCAGAGAAAGGAAUCAACAAAAAUAUCAUGUCCCUGUUCAACAUAGUAGACAUGGAGCUAACGUAUAACGCAAUCCUUAGAAGGCCAUUCCUCCAUGAUUCGGAUGCGGUCACCAGCAUAAGAGCACUAGCUAUGAAUGUGCCAACUGAGAAGGGAGUAGUAACACUAAGGGGAGACCAAAAUAUCGCCAAAAUCUGUUAUGACGAGUCCGUCGUUGACCUUCAAGGAAACAUGCAGGAAAAGGAUGGCGAGUAA